AUGGCUGGCCGGAGCCUCCUCGGAUCGGAGGCUGCCAGAGGACCGGGCGAGGCCCGGCGUACCCGGCGACCCACAGGAGCCGCUGUUGGUCUGGCCUUGGCCGUCUCGGCCUGGCUUGCCUGCUCGAGCCCCGCCUGCCUGGAAGGCUUCCUGAGCCAGAGCACGGCAAGCUUGCGAACUCUUCGAAGACAAGUCUUGACAGGUGCCUGGUUGGGAUCGACGUCGCUGGCUGCCGCCACUCUUGACCCCAACCCGGCAGAAGCUCGAUUUAAAAUCGUCGGGCUCCCGUGCGAAUGCUGUGAGCGGGAUUGGUGUGCGACGACAUGCAUCGAUCUCAAGCAGGGGCAGGAGACCAAAUGCAACUGCCAUGAGUUCUUGAGCGACUAUCAGUCCUCCGAGCAGCUCGUCGUGUCAGGCGGCCUCUACAAGCUCCCUGCAGAUGCUGCCAGGGCCCGGCUCGACAGCAUCGAAGCUGGGCAGGGCGAGGAGGGCUGGGCAGACCACCUAUCCUGGAGAACGGCCAACUUGCUGAAGUGGAACCCGGAGGACGGGAAGAACCUCCAAAUAAAACCCUCCACAUUGGGUGAAACAGCCGGCGACGGUUUGUUUACAACGGUGCCGCUGCCCAAGUACACUGUGCUCCCCCCCUAUCAGGGCAAGCCUUUGAGUCUUGCCGAGUUCCGCAAGAUGAGAGGUACUAGCGAAAUGGACUACGUUUACUGUCCCCUUCGAGAAGAGGCGCUCUUCAACUUCACCGACGAACAGCUGCAGACUGCGGAACAAGCCGGGGCUGCCACAACCUUCUGCGUAGAUGGGCGUGUGGCGGUAGAGAAAAACCCGGUGCGUUUUGUCAAUGCAGCAAGGACCAAGGAGCAGUGCAAGAAGGUAAAUGUGCAGAUCUGCGAGUUCGGCGAUGUCGCUUACUUCAGGACAACGAAGGAUGUGAAGAAGGGUUCGGAGCUGAUUACCGACUAUGGGAGUGCAUAUUGGGAGGACUUCGAAGGAUGCUAG